GCCCGCUCCUGACACUCAGUUGCGCCAAAACAAGACACGCUGAAUACGACAUAACCACUUAGUACUUCCGCCAGUCACAAACAGCUACCCAAUAUGGUUUCCUUCCAAUGCGAGGGGUGUGGUGAUGUCCUCACCAAGAAGAAACUUGAUUCACACCGCAACCAAUGUCGAGCCCCAUUCACCUGCUUGGAUUGCAUGACGACUUUCCAAGGCACAAGUUACAAGUCACAUACGUCAUGCAUAACAGAAGAUCAAAAAUAUCAGGGCGCUCUGUACCGUGAGAAGCCUUCUAAGGCUGCAAAGAGAAAGUCUGUCUCUAUCGUGGAACCGGACAAUAGCAAAGCUCUUGUGCCGCGUCCCGCAUACGUCGAAGACGCCCUCGAUGUUGACACACCUCCUCACGCACCUACACCUCCUCCAGCAGUCACCGACCCCUCCCAAGACAGUGUCUUCGAUUAUAUGGUGGACGAAAGUCAACCGGGUACACCGCAAAAAAGUUAUACAGUAAAGGACAAGGGGGAAAUGUCUAUGAAGAACAGUGCGCCGUCUAUUUUUUCCGAGAGUCGCGCUCCGAGCCAGAAUGGAUAUCGAAACUCGGAAGAGCAAAGUCAUAAUCAGGAGUAUGAAGAGAAGGGCUACACUUGGGGUACAGAGCCCGUCAAGCCUCGUGGGGCAUUGGACAUGAAUGGAAGCGCGUUGUCACUUGAAUUCAUGACACCAGCGGCAAAGGAAGCUAAAUCCAAGCUGGACAAAAAAGAGCGCCCUCGCGUACACAGUCGGACUAACAGCGGAAGUGAGAAGAAGCGGAAGCGACCUACCGAUGACCAAUUUCACGAAUUGGAAAGAGACACCUUGAUGGUAGACACCGUGAAAGCCGAUGCACACGGUAUCGUUCAUUCAGGCCUCACAGGAGGCUUGAAUCGGAUGCUGACCGAGGUGGAUGAGUACCCAUCCAGCCGAUCGCCUGAUACCGAGGACAGACGACGGACUAGCGAUAAAACCCAUAGCAGCCGCCGACCCCAAAAAUCAGAAGAUCCUACUUCACCACUCAAGCGAACUCGUCAUACCAAGGAGGAUCCGAACGGCUUGGGCAUUUCAAUUAAAGGUCGUGCUGUCAAAGCUCUGUCCAUGGUUGGGGGAGCUCUUCUUCCUGGGUCUCAAUACGAUAGUCAACAAGGCACCAAUCGCACGCGGAGGCGAGCAAGCUCUUCUGAUCAAACCUCAAGUCUGGUCCGAAUUCGUGAGGGAGAAAAGCGCGAGAGAAAGAAACACAAAGCCCAGCGCCACAAUGGUACAGCGUCAGCAAAUGUACGCCAGGAGCAUAAGUCACGGCACCGGACCGAUGAUGACGGUUCACCAUCACAUUCUCAAGUGCAAGGCACCGGGCGGAAGAUGAAGGCUAUUGAGUACCACAAGCACGACGACUCCGCCUCGGAUACUGAUUCAGAAGGUACUCGACGAACAGGCGACAAACGCAAAGGCUCCAACGGCGCAAUGGUCGUCUUUGGGGCGGAGGAAAAGAUGAAACGAUCAUGCCGCAGUUUUCUUGCCAAUGCUCCGGGAAUGGAGUCUGACAAGGGCUAUUCGAUCCACAAGAUGCUCAAGCGAUGGCAUAAGAAUAAUGAUGUUCGGAGUGGGUCGGGCAAGGCGGAAGAGGAGGAUGAGUUGUGGAGGUCUUUGCGGGUCAGGAGGAACGAGAAGGGCCAGUAUGUCGUCUUCUUCUAACGGUGAUCCAGCGCUCUACUUUGGUCCUCAGAACACUCUAUGUGACGUUUUGGAAGCUCGCCCUUUUUGUCUGUGCGUUUCACGUGUCUGGCGUCACCUCGGACAGUUCCUCGGCUCCAUGGAUAUGUGUUCGUCAGGAGCAUGCGGCUUACUGGUCAACAAUGGCAUGAAUGAGGGUCGUUUUCACCACUUAGGUAGUGAAAGAGACUGAGGUAUGACUAGGAGACUCACUGUCUUAUG